AUGGAAGAAGAUGCGCAAUCUGGUGUGCAGACUAAUGGAAAUCUCACUGGAGAUCCAUAUAUUCUCCAAAACUCUGAUCAUCCAGGUAUGACUCUCGUAAGUUUUCCUUUAACUGGACUGAAUUAUCUCUCAUGGAGUCGAUCAACAGUGAUUGCACUUAGAGCCAAAGAUAAACGUGGUUUUAUCAAUGGCAAAUAUCCUAAACCUGACGUUGAUUCACCAACUUUUGAAAAGUGGCAGCGAGUUGAUAGUAUGGUAUUAGCAGGGCUUCUGAAUUCCAUCGCUAAGGAUAUUGUUGAUGAAUUUUUAUCGUCUAAUUCAGUUUCUUAUGGGCUUAAUGAUAGUCAUGAACAUGUUCAUAACCAGAUUCUGUUUCAAGAUCCUCUGCCCAAUGUAAAUAAAACAUAUUCGAUGAUUAAUCGUGUUGAGAAAAAUUGCGAGGUAGCAUCAACAGGAAUCAAUCAUUCACGGGGAGCAAAAAAUGUGAUGGUCGAAAGGAAGAUAAAUUCUGUCAUUAUUGUAAAGCACAAGGACAUACACGUGAUACGUGUUUUAAGUUUCAUGGUUACCCAAAUUGCUUCCAUUACAGCUGAACCUAAUGCCAACAUAUCCAGUAUUAUUCAACAGGAAUUAGCUGAAUACAUGAAAGGGAAGAUGAUUAUGGAUUCUUCUACUGUUGCUAAUUUCUCCAAUUUCGCAGGUAAUGAACCAACUAAGUGUCUUCUUAGCGGCAAUGGGAAGUCUUUUGGUACCUGGAUAGUUGAUACAAGGGCAGAUCGCUUGACUAACAGGAUUAUAGUUAUUGGCAAAGAGCAAGCUGGCCUUUACAAACUUGAUCAUUGUUCUUUCACAUAUGAGUCUUUAGUACCUGAUUCCAAUAAUGAAUGUAAUAAAGUUAAGUCUGUUACCACUCCAUGUCCUGCUUGGCAUGAACGUCUUGGUCAUGUUUCUCAUUCUACAUUGCUUAAAGUUUCGAGUAUUGAAGUUUCUGGUUCCAUUAAUCAACCAUGUGAAAUUUUUCCAUUGUCAAAACAACAACAUUUGUCAUUUUCUCCUAGUACCAUUUCUAGCUACUCUAUUUUUGAGCUAAUUCAUGUAGAUCUAUGGGGACCAUAUCAAGUGCUUUCAAUUUCUAGAGCUAAAUACAUCUUAACAAUCGUUGAUGAUUUCAGCCGCACAACUUGGACCUAUCUUUUACAUGAUAAAGUACAAGUUUUUCUCACCUUGUUAUGUUUUUGA